AGGCGGGGGCGAGCUCGUCGGCGCCCCGCGGCAUGGUGAUGGCGAACGAGCUGCAGUGGAAGCGCGCCAACCUGCUGGCGCACCAGGUGCAGAGGCUUGGCUCUCCGUGCGCGAUGGUGGUGAACAGCGACGCCCAGUUUUUCCCGGAGCUGUGGGUCAAGGAGGACGGCCAGGACGUCCAGAUCAAGUACGACCGCAUCCUGUGCGACGUGCCAUGCUCCGGCGACGGCACGAUGCGGAAGACACCUUACAUUUGGAGGUCGUGGACACUCAGGGACGGCCUGUCACUCCAUCCAUACCAGCUCGGCAUCCUCAACCGCGGCCUGGACCUCCUGAAAGUGGGCGGACGCCUCGUCUACAGCACCUGCAGCCUCAACCCCGUGGAGGACGAGGCCGUGGUGGCCGCGGCGCUGGCCCGGCACGGGGACGCGAUCGCCCUCGUGCCGCCCCCCGAGCUGGACGGCCUCCGGGCGGCGCCUGGACUGGAGAGGUGGGUCAUACAGGAUCCGAACGGGGGGCCCUUCUUCGAGAGCUUCUCGCAGGUGCCCACCGAACUGAGGGACUGCAAGAGCAAGAUCAUGCCGUCCAUGUUCCCGCCCGCGGGCGAGGGCACCGAGGGCAUCGGGGCGGCGCUGAAGAACUGCCGGCGGCUCCUGCCGCACCUGAUGGACACGGGCGGUUUCUUCGUCGCCGUCCUGGAAAAGCGGAAGGAGCUGCGGGCCUCCGCGCGGGUGCGCCGGGAGGCCCGCCAUGAGGAGAUCAAGGCGGAGCGCGCCCAGCGCGACGCGGCGGCCGCGGCCACCGAGG